UAUCCACACAGCUACAACUUCGGUAGUUUCCAGUCACUGGACAUUUAACCUGAUCUUAAGUAGAGAACAAACCGUCAACACACACUGAGCUAUGGCUUCCUCCAGCAUUGUCCUGUCUGAAGAGCAGUUCCAGUGCUCUAUCUGUCUGGAUGUGUUCACUGAGCCAGUCUCCAUCCCCUGUGGACACAACUACUGCAAGGCCUGUAUCAGAGGAUACUGGGAUAGCACUGACCUGUGCCAGUGUCCAUCCCCUGUGUUCACUGAGCCAGUCUCCAUCCCCUGUGGACACAACUACUGCAAGGCCUGUAUCAGAGGAUACUGGGAUAGCACUGACCUGUGCCAGUGUCCAUCCCCUGUGUUCACUGAGCCAGUCUCCAUCCCCUGUGGACACAACUACUGCAAGGCCUGUAUCAGAGGAUACUGGGAUAGCACUGACCUGUGCCAGUGUCCAUCCCCUGUGUUCACUGAGCCAGUCUCCAUCCCCUGUGGACACAACUACUGCAAGGCCUGUAUCAGAGGAUACUGGGAUAGCACUGACCUGUGCCAGUGUCCAUCCCCUGUGUUCACUGAGCCAGUCUCCAUCCCCUGUGGACACAACUACUGCAAGGCCUGUAUCAGAGGAUACUGGGAUAGCACUGACCUGUGCCAGUGUCCAUCCCCUGUGUUCACUGAGCCAGUCUCCAUCCCCUGUGGACACAACUACUGCAAGGCCUGUAUCAGAGGAUACUGGGAUAGCACUGACCUGUGCCAGUGUCCAUCCCCUGUGUUCACUGAGCCAGUCUCCAUCCCCUGUGGACACAACUACUGCAAGGCCUGUAUCAGAGGAUACUGGGCUAGCACUGACCUGUGCCAGUGUCCAUCCCCUGUGUUCACUGAGCCAGUCUCCAUCCCCUGUGGACACAACUACUGCAAGGCCUGUAUCAGAGGAUACUGGGAUAGCACUGACCUGUGCCAGUGUCCAAUGUGUAAAAAGACAUUUGAUAAGAGACCAGAUCUCUUUGUCAAUACUUUCAUUUCUGAAAUGACUGCUCAGCUCAAGAAGUUGGCUCCAGUUGAGGUCACACCCAUCACCCCAGGAAAAACCCAAGUACCAUGUGACGUCUGUCCUGAAGGAGAGCACAAGGCUCUGAAGUCCUGCCUGGUGUGUCUGGCCUCUUACUGUGAGACUCACCUGGAGCCUCAUCAAAUACUGGCAUCUUUCAAGAAACACAAGCUGAUCGACCCUGUGGAGAACCUAGAAGACAGGGUGUGUAAGAAGCAUGAGAGACCCCUGGAGCUGUUCUGUAGGAGUGAUCAGACGUGUGUGUGUCAGUUCUGCACUGAGACAGACCACAAGACUCACAAGACUGUCCCCAUAGAGGAAGAGUAUGGAGAGAGAAUGACUCAGAUGAGGAAGACUAAGGGUAAAGUUCAGGAGAUGAUCCAGGAGAGACUGCUGAAGGUUAAGGAGAUCAAACAGGCAGUAGAUCUCUGCAAGAGAAAUGCAGAGAGAGAGAUAGCAGACAGCAUGGAGGUCUUCACGGUUUUAGUGCGCUCCAUUGAGAGAAGCCAGGCUGAGCUCAUAAAGGUGGUUGAGGAGAAGCAGAAAGUAUCAGAGAAGCGGGCAGAAAGGUUCAUUAAAGAGCUGGAGCAGGAAAUAACUGAGCUGAAAAGAAGAACUCCUGAGAUAGGGCACCUUUUAGAUAUUGAAGAUCUCCUCCUGCUCCUCCAGACCUCCCCAUCUAGCUCCACUCUUCCACCUACCAAGAACUGGUCUGAGGUCACUGUUCAAAGCGGUCUUGGUGUGGCGACUCGGAGGAGAGCUGUGUCUCAGGUGGAGGAGACAUUAAAUCAAAUUAGGGAGAGGUUGUGUGAUGCUGAGCUGAAGAGGAUGCAGCAGUGUGCAGUGGAUGUGACUCUGGACCCUGAUAAAGCACAUCCAUUCUUCAGCUUGGCUGCGGACAGGAAACAAGUGACAUAUGGAGACAUAAUGGAGAAUCUCCAUGACAACAAAAAGAGAUUUGUUAAUAAUACCCGUGUUUUAGGGAGGGAGGGGUUCUCCUCAGGAAGAUUCUACUAUGAGGUGCAGGUGGAUGGGAAGUCUAGUUGGCUUUUAGGAGUGGCUAGAGAGUCCAUCAACAGGAAGGAUUGUGAUGUAUCACCGAGUCCUGUAGAUGGAUACUGGACUGUGGGGCCGUGGAAUAUGAAUGAAUACAAGGCUUACGCUGGGCCUUAGGUCAACCUCUCCCUGAGACAGAAGCCCCAGCAGGUGGGGGUGUUUGUGGAUUAUGAGGAGGGUGAGGUCUCCUUUUAUGACGUGGAGGCCAGGUCUCAUAUCUACUCUUUCACUGGCUGCACCUUCACUGAGAGACUCUAUCCAUUCUUCUCUACAGGUCCAAAUACCUCUGGUGAUAACUCAGCUCCACUUAUCAUCUUGACAAUGAAGUCUGACUGAGUUUAGUGAAGAUGGAACUCAGUCAUAGGGAUUCCCAGCAAUAUGCCUCAUUUAAUGUGUUGAUAUUUCUUCUUGCGAUAGAGAAUUUUAGUGUUAGUACUAUCAGUUGAUCAGAUUGUAUAAUGAAGAAUGGAUCUCUUAUGUCCUACUACUAUAUUACAAUGUACAUUAAAAAAAUAUUUCCUGUGA